AUGGCAGAGGAAAGUGGUGGUGGGAAGUUGGAAAUGGCAUCAUGUUCCACUCUUAAACAGAGUCCAUUGCCUAUGAAAGAAACACCCUUAAACUAUCAUCCAUAUCCACCUCCCUUGGCUAGAUAUGAGGAAGUUGUAGCCUGUCCAAGACUCUUCAUGGAUACUUUGGAGAAGCUCCAUGCUACAAUGAGAACCAAGUUCAUCUUGAAUUCUAGCAUGUCUUCUCCAUCUUCCCCUAUCAAGUUGUUUGAGUUUGGGGUAGCAGGGGUGGGAGUAAAGGAGGUGCUACCUAUUGGAGAAGGGACAUUUCCUUGCUCUGAUUGUUCUAAGCUUUGUACUUUUGCCUCCCCCGACAUUGGAUUAACUUUAAUUACAAAAUUUCUAUUUGGUCUUUUCUUACUGGAUGAUAUUUUGUCAGAUCAUGCUGAAUUUUGCUGA